GAAAUCUGACGGUAGCUGGGUAUGGCUUCAUACAAGAGGAAAAGUUGUCUACAAAAAUUCAAGAAAGUUUUCUAUCAUGAUGACUCAUUGCCCUGUAAGGGAAAAGACAGCUCGUAUCUAAAACAGGAGGCUUUGAUGAGAAGUAGAUACGCCAUUGAGGAGCUCGUCAAAAGUAAAUGUCGGCCUGAUAACGUUGAAGAAACAGACUAUCUUUCGUGUAGCUCAAAUUACGAAACACUACAAGGGCAGUGGGCAGAUGAUGGUCCACUCUCACUUCAAAACUCAGGAGGUGUUUGUCCGUCAAGUUACCACCAAUCGGCUGACAGGCACUCUCCAGUGUUUCCCUCAACUUAUGUGUAUCACCGGUAUCAGCCGCGAGAACGCUCAACAACGGUGCGAACUAAAGGCCUUAACACCGUCACACUACAACAGCAUCAGAUGCUGCAACAGCAGCAGCAGCAGCAGCCAGGACUGCAACAGUGUCAGUACUAUGGGUAUUCUUAUGAACAAAUACAGCAGUAUGCAUACAUGCAGACGAAGGAGACAUUGCCCCCGCAGUAUGGUGCACACCAGCGGCUCUCACACUUGCCAAUGGAAUAUUAUAAUAACAACAACAAUAGCUAUGUACAGUGGUCAGUACAAAGCCAGCCUGAGAUCAAAAGUGAACCGCUAUUCACAGAUUUUGAAAAAUACAGACAUUUAGACCAGUUUUCUCUCACGCCUCAGACUUCGCCAGAUUCAUCAUAUAACGUGCAAAGUUCCGUGGUCAUUUCACAAAACCUGUAUCCAGUUACACCACUGUCACCUCCUCCAUCCCCAGUCACCAUGACAACAGGAAUGUGCGUACAGAUGCCCUCUCCAAAGCCACAGUGUACUGUUCAGGGUCUGCGCUCCAAUCAGCUACAUCAUGUUGACAAUUAUCCCAACUCCUCCCGGAAAACAGUAACUCCCUCGCAGUUAAACAGUGCAUACACGAACUGCUCUAGUCAUCAAUACAUUCAGAAUAAGUAUAACGGCGUAAGAAAGACGCCUGUUACUUUACUGAAUGGUGACAGAAACCAGAGUUGCCGCUACAACAACUUGAAGCAUUUUCAUAAUUCACAGACAAAGUACUGCCAAUUAGCUGAAGAUACUUCCUCACAGUUGCCGCUUAAUACUAACCCCGCUGUGGAAGUAGAUAUUGUCAGUAAUAACCCAAUAAGUGAUCUACAUAGAGCGUCUUCGUUGCCACCAAUUGGUAGUUUUCUGGACUUUCUCAACGAAGAAUUAAUUGUUCCUAUCAACACCUGA